CCAUCGCUUUGCUCCCCCUACUUUGAAACUAUCAUAUUGAAGGGGAAAACAAAACGGUUCCUUCUUGGCUACCAAUGGGCAAUAUCUAACAAAAUUGUAGCAAAAAAAAAAAAAAAAACCCCAAACAAAUGAAGAAACAAGGUUGGUGGAGUGGUGCAGGAGCAGUAUGGAAAGCGGGGGACGUGGAAUCCGGGUAUAGGUGGGUCGUCCCAAUUUGACUGAUAUAAUGGCUUGGCUUUGAGUGAACGGCAGAAAGCGUGUCCAUUUUAACCUCCCUAUGUCCCCACACCCAGAAUAUAUGGUUUAGUCUUUCUCUUUCUAAAGAGUGGUAGAUAAACAUAAAAUAUAUAAACAAGGAGGAAGAAGAAGAAGAAGAAGAAGAAGAAGAAGAAGAAGAAAGCAGAAGCCAUGUGCUGCGGUGACGAUUGUGAAUGCCGGCCUCUGGGCUUUCUCCUGGGUCUCCCCUUCGCCUUCCUCUCCCUCCUCCUUUCCAUCAUCGGAGUCAUUAUCUGGAUCAUUGGGUUGGCCUUGACUUGCAUAUGCCCGUGUUGCCUGUGCGUGACGAUCAUAGUGGAGCUGGCUCUGGGGUUGAUCAAGGCUCCAAUCCAUGUGAUGAAGUGGUUCACCACCAAGAUCCCCUGUUAGAUUUUAGUUUCGAAACAAGUGUAUGACAGAAACAUUAAUUCAUCUCCGUUUGUGUUGGUGUAUUAUCAAGUAAUUGAUUUCAUUUUUUUUCUUUCA